GGCAGGUAGAAUAGAGUUCAAUGACGCGAGUCAAUUUCAACCUCAAUUGCCUAGUAUUUACCUACAUAUUAAACAGCUUAGGUAAUUCAACACUAGCGAACUUGGAAGCUUCAUCUUCUAGUUCGUUACUAGGUACCGUUUUCUGCAUCUCUCAGUGCUCAUUCGUCACAAUUAUUUAACUUCGAGUACCAUAAACAAGCUACACCAUGUCGCUCCUCUCGGCGCAUUUCGAGCAGAUCGCCAUAUCAUGUCAAGGAAUUGACAGUCUCCCCUUUCCACCUCCAAAAAUCUUCACCAAUGCCCUCCUUGCCAACGACGACAUCACCUCUCUAAUCCGCGACACCGAAGCUCACGAACGGGCGCUCUUCUCCGUCCCGCCACCUCCACCAGCUAGUUCGUUACAAGCCCCGGAGCCGCCAACGCAAUCUUCGCGUCGGCAGACCGUAUUCAACGUAGCCUCAGGCGAGGUCACCACAUCGGGAAGCAACACGGGACGGAACGCGGGCGCGCCCCGACGUCACACCGCCGUAGCAGCCGUGCUAGGCGGCGACUUGCACGAGCAGAUCCGACGUAGCGAGCGACGCGGCGGGAAAGACGACAUUGACGUCGAGAUCUUGUUGAAGGGCGCAGAGAAGCUAUGCGGCGUGUACCCCCUACCGGGCGCGCUAGAGCGGAUAGCAGCGCAACGGUCGAAGUACGCACAUAGUCGGAGCACGCUAGCAUACUAUGAGGCGAAGGUAGCCGAGCAAGCCGAGGCGCUUGGAAAGAUGAAUAAAGACCACUGGAUGGACGACGACGACGAAGAGGAGGAGCGUGAGCAGGAUGCUCCGCAGGAUGGGGAAGAGAUCUACACGGAGGAAGAUCUGAUAAGAGAGGGAGAGCUGAUCCGAGAACUCGAGAAGAAAAAGAAGGAGUUGCAGGAGCGGCUGCAAACGAUUGACAGAGAUAUUGACGGAUUGCUGCACAUGUAAUGCUGCAUGUAUUGUUUUAAGACUAUGAUACCCCAAACCAACACG